UGGCUUUAUCCCUCCUACCCGCUCUCAUCGUCUUCUAGCCGCUAAACGGGCUAGACCAGUGUGAACAUUAUUCUUACCAUUCAUAUACGUUAUUUUCUUGCAAACUGGACAUUUCGACCUACGUGUCUCGGUAAACCUCUCUCGUCUGCUCAACUUUUCCUACUAUUCGUGGUAUUCGAGAAUAGGUCGGAGCCUACUCGCAGUCAAGUAUGAGCUGAAAGGAAGCGCACUCCGCGAGGACGUCAAGUGCGAGUUACACUUCCACUGGAUGCGCGAUGGUACCGUGAGGCUCUCCGCCUAAUCUAUAGUCUUUAGGCAGAGGGAUGGAUCAGUUUAACCCUGCUCUGCUCUCCAGAGUUGCACAUAUUUGUAAAUACAGUAAUAUUUAGUAAAUAAGUUGAGGAAAUGUGUUACGGGGCUGCAGCUAUUUUGGGGAGUUGUGUUGGACAAGAAUUCUAAGGAUAUUCUUUCAUCAUUUGCUUAAACUUCCAUGGCUUGAGUAUUUGCAUGCAUGCAUGCUGACAGGCAAGAAUGUAAGGUAGCGUAUGUCCGGUCUACCGCUCUCACAUCACACUGAGUAGCAGAGCAUCGGUUGGAUUCGCAGCGCUGGACAUCGACCUAUAACGCCGUUAUUCGGAUUGCGUUUGAGUACCCAGAUACAUAACUUUAGAUAUAUUAAAUAUUGGGAUUGCCUGGUCACCUGCUUUCCUUGCCUGUCAUAUGCCACCGACAACGGAAAUUCAAGAGCAAAAUGAAUAUGGCAUAAACUAUUUCUGGAGACGCCAGUCACAGAUAUCGCCGCCGACUUGGAUAGGGUGGAUGAGAAUUUCCCAAACGGUCCAAUCCUAUGCAUACCGUGCUUGUUUACUCGCUACGCUGUCUAGUGUCUUCGAGAAGAGCUCAGGAGGAAUGCUGGUCCAAGAUCUAAUACCAUUUAUUUUAAGUUUUUGGCCUCUUCUCUUCGGUCAUUGCAUUCUCUCGUUGGUUUUACUCUCAUGCCAGGGUGAACUCCAGAGGUCAUGCUCACAGACUGUAGCUGAGAAAGUGAGCGAACACUGCCAGCUGGCAUGCCAGUGUAGAAGCUACCCUCCCCUUCCUCCCCCGCCUCCUCCCCCACCUCCCCCACGGCUACUGUUGGCCACAGUGGUUGAGUCCCCUCUGCCGCUGUUGAGGCCGUGGUGGAUGGAGAUCAUAGUGCUUGGAACGGUGGGCUGUGCCUCAGCUGUUUUCCUCCUUUCAGCCAUGAUCAUCUGCUACAAGGCCAUAAAGAGGAAACCACUACGGAAAGAGGAGAACGGGAUGAGUCGUGGGGAGUAUGCCAUGAGUGCACGCAACAAGAAGGCCAUGGGUCCCAACAAUACUGUGGUGUAGACUGUCCACUGACAGGAAGAGGAAGUGACAUUACCAUACCACCCCCC